AUGGCGACGGCAAGAAAAGGGAGAGAGCUUUUUACUAUUUUGGAAACUAGCGCGGACGCAGAAAGUGCCACGGAGCGCGACAGCCAAGACUCCCCGCUUAAUCUUUCGGCCGAUGUGAGGUGGUUUGAAAUCCCCAACAGAAAGCCGGACUCGGACUCGGAGGACGAGGAGCGAGUGCUGCGGGAGGAGGAGGACGGAGAGGGGGAGAAUGGACGGAGCGCAGCCGCAGCCGCGGCCGCAGCGGCGGCCAGCCUCAUCGCGGGGGGAGGCUGCAACAUCAUACUGGUGACGGGCAGCAACGGCACCAAGCACGACGAGGAGGACUACGCGGAGGACUGUUAUUAUUCUACCUCCACUAACUGCUCUGACGCCACCUCGAACGAUUCGGAUAUUGAUUUCUCCGAUUUGGAGGAGGAGGAGGAGCGCAGGAGUUUUUUCCGCUUGCAGGAAGACGCGGACGAGGACUGCGCGGCUGCAGACUUCUGGGGGGAACCUGACCAGGUGAUCUCCAUCGAGCCCUUCUCCGCCGCCAGUGGCCCUCAGCACUCGCUGGGGGACGACGCUGACACCCGUGACUAUUUCCGGAUACUCUUCCCAGAUUCUCUUUUUGAACACAUGGUAGAACAAACAAACAAUUACGCCCUCUAUCGGCAGAGGAGGAGCGGAAAAUCCGACCCCCACUGGCACCCCACUGAUGAGAGGGAGAUGAAAGCUUAUGUGGGGCUGAAUAUUCUCAUGGGGAUCAAUCAGCUUCCCGACACCGGCAUGUACUGGGCCAGUGACAUUUUCAUAGGCAACGCGGGUUUUAAGAAAACGAUGACGGCCAGGCGCUUUGAAAAGCUCUCCCAGUACCUGCAGCUGUGUGACCGGGAGUCGGAGCCCGUGCGUGGAGAGCGUGGCUAUGAUGGACUCUUUAAAAUCAGGCCUCUCCUGGACAUGGUUGAGAACACUAUGUGGGACGCAUACGUCCCCAACCGCUGUUUGACAAUAGACAAGUGUGCCAUUGUCACAAAGGGACGUUUCUCCCCCACCCAGUACAUGUCCUCUAAGCCCCUGAGGAAGGGGCUGACGGUGUGGAUGCUGUGUGACUCCCGCUCGGGCUACUGCCACCGGACCAAGAUCUAUGUGGGCACACCCGGUGAGGAUGAGGCAGCGGCCUCCUUGGGUUACAGGGUGGUGACCUCCCUGGUCCGCGGCCUGGAGGGUCAGUACCACCAUCUCUUCACGGACAGCUUCUUCACAUCGGCGCUCCUCCUCCAGAGGCUGCUGAGGGACGGGCUGUACGCCUGCGGACCCACUCGUCCAGGGCGCAGGGGCUACCCGGAAGUCCUGCGCCCUCGUAACGUCGGAAAGCUGUGCCAAGGCGAGUUCUACCAGUGUCAGCGGGGCAACCUGAUUGCUACGGUGACCAGGGACGUCAAGAUGGUCAGCUGCCUCUCCACCAACUGUGCACCGGGGAUUGUGGGCAUAAGUCCGGGUCGGCAGCAGCACGACGCGGAGGGGGAGGGGGAGAGCGACAGUAGGGACAGCUCAGGUUCAUCUUAUGGUGUACCACGACCUCUGCCCUUGCUGCUGUACCAAGAGAACAUGAAGGGGGUGGACCUCUGCGACCAGCUGAGGGAAUGCUAUCAGGUUGGCAGGCCGUGUAAGAAGUGGUGGCGCUACUUUCUGUGGUUCUAUGUAAAUCUGUGCAUUGUGAACGCCUACAUAAUCCUGAGAGAGAGCAGAGGGGGGACGCCCCCGGCCGGCUUCAACGGAAAGCAGUUCACCCAGCGCCACUUCCGUGUGCGCCUGGCACAGCAGCUGAUAGGAGACUACCAAGGGGCGAGAGGUAUGGAACGGGCUGCACGCAAGAGGCACGCAGAUUCACCCAUAGAGUAUGGACAUCGCCUGGAGCGCAUGUCCGAGCGCUCUCGUCGCUGCAGGAACUGCACCAACAAGGGGCUGCGGCAUGAAAGCGUGUUCGGCUGCAAGAUAUGCAACGUCCACCUAUGCAGGGUCCCUCAGCCGUUCCCCAGCUGGGAGAGGGUUAGUCAACUGGACGGCCGUCCCGCUGAUCUGCUGGAGCCCCGUGGGGAGUUGCCAUGGCAACCGUGGCCGAUGAAGACAGGGAGUCGCCAGCAGGCCCACAUGGUUGUCAUGAAUCAGGACGACCAUGUGAGUCUCUUUGGAUAA